UAGUGUUAGGGCUGGGGGUUGGGGUUAGGGUGACAGUUAGGCUUGGGUGGGCAUUUUAGAUAGUUAACUAGUUUAGAGAGGAGUUUGGGAAUUUUUCGUGGCAGAAAUGGGCAGGCUGUAAGUAGCAUUCCUACCUUUCUCUUCGUCUCCUGGGGGGGGGUGAGUCCUGGGGUCCCCUGCAGAGUCUUGGCUCCUUAUUCAAUGAACUGUUGCAACAGGACUUUCAACUGCCAACUGGAAGAAGCAGAAAAAGGUCAAUUUUACCCGCACCUUUUAAUAAAAUGGCAUACAUGCAUCACAUCUGUGUCACAAACUGGGUGGGUUUUUCUGGUGGAAACCUGAGUCUCAGAUUUGCCCCUGUCCCUCCCUUGACCUCCACCUUACACCCAUUGAGUAAAACAAAGGAAAAUAUAAGACAUGUUCCUGUUUCCCAGCCAAGUUGAGUCCCGUGAAAUAAAAAAAUAAAGGUCUCUUAUAUAUAUAUAUAUAAUGUUUAUGGAUUUGCCAGGCAAACAUGUACAUAAAUGUAUAGGCCACAUGUCUGAGGCAGCACAGGAGGGCAGUCCUAAAACCAUUUUGGCUCCCAGACUGACCAAAUGUUUUCUCUGCAAGGUGAAAGGAAAAUGGAAAAGCCUCCCCAUUGUCUUUUCAUUCACAAUACCUGUCUUAAGGGUAUGUCUGUGUAUGAAUAGGGUGACCCUGUGACUUGGCUCAGGAACUAUUUAUCAUUACAAAAGACUGGCCAGGCUCCCCAGGAUAUCCAAUCAAGUAAGCAUUAACAGGUAACCUGCCAGACAGGAGGUAAACAACGCACUCAGAUUUCUGUUGUAGACCGCCCUUUCUGUGUUGUAGGUAUGAUGUGUCUGGGGGGUGGUCUUGAGCUACACCCCUUCUGUGAUGUAUGUAUGAUGUUUCUGGGGGUGGCCUUGGACUCCAGGGCGGGCAAUUUAAAAUGUCUAUAUAAGGGCGGGCAGACCUGGGGUCUGGGUUCCUCCUCCUUUCCUGCGGGUGAGGGGAGCACCCUGUUGCAACAGUUCAGUAAAGAUCAGGCUUACGAGCUGCUUUGCUUCUCAAUAUUCUCUGGUGGGCCUCUGUUAUAUUCUCCGACCGAUGGAGUACCACAAAGGACUCUAUAAGGGCUCUUGUGUCCCCCAUAAGGGAAUAAGGGCAGAUUUUCGUUUAUUACAUCCCCCUCUUGUCCUGGCCAAGUCCCCAGUCCAUGGAGGUUGGAUCUACUCUUGUCCUUGAGAUGGCGACCUGUCUGGCCCUCAGAGACCAGGAUGGCCUUACGGUCUUCAAACAAAAACAUCUUGGAGGUCCCGGGCCACAGGGAGAUUAGGCUGGCCUCAACCAGAGCCAGGGCUUUUUUGGCUGUGGCCCCAACUUAGUGGAACGCUCUGUCACAAGAGACCAGGGCCCUGCGGGACUUGACAUCUUUCCACAGGGCCUGCAAGACAGAGCUGUUCCACCAGGCCUUUGGCCAAGGCACAGUCUGACCCCCUCCUUUGGCAAUCUUCACAGAACUCUAGCCCAAUGGUUGCCAUUAAUUGGGUUUUGAACUGAUUUUAAAAUGAAUUGACUUUAGAAUGCUGUGUUACUUUUAUUGUUAGCCGCUCUGAGCUCGGCUUCGGCUGGGGAGGGUGGGAUAUAAAUCAAAUUUUAUUUUUAUUAUUUUCAUUCUGCUGAGGUUCCCCAUCCCUUCGCCAGGGGUGAAUAUCUCCCCAUUGCCGGGGCUAUUUUGCCCCCCACUCUGCCCUCUCAGAUGCGGAGAGGCCCCCCCACCCCACCAUCAAGGACUGACAGCCUGACUUUUGUAUUUCAGCUGCUGGAGGACAAACAGCGGUACCUCCUGGGGGGUGAACAAAGAGUGCCAGGCAGCUGAUCUCAGGGGGCUCCGAACCCUGAAGUGCUCCAAGCAGGAGACGGCCCAAGCCAUUCUGGUGAGUGAUGGGUGGUGUGAGGGACCCCCACAGGGAGGUGGGGGAGGGAGGGGCUUUGGGGAAGGGGUUGCCAUUCCCCUGGAAAGCCAGGCCGGGCCUUGGGGGUCGGAGCCGUCCUCCGGAGGCCCCCGGAAAGAGCUGACCUUCCUCCUCUGUUCUCUUCCAGGACAUCUUGGGACCCUUGGAGAACUUCAGGGAUGGCCCCCUGACCCUGGCCUUGGAGGCCCUCAUCCAGCUGAGGUGAGUGGGGUCCUUGGGAUGGAUGCAGUUGUGGGGGGGGGGCAGAACUCCAGGGGGAGCUCCAGGUGGUGGGGAAGAGGAGGCAGGAGGGAGAAGGGGGCAAGGGGGACUGGGAGGAGGCAGCGUCUAACCUGCUCCCCUUCAUCUCUGCAGUAUCAUGACGCCAAAGUUCAGCGGUGAUAUGCUCAGUGCCAUCCUUCACAGGACUCUGGAGGCUGUUCUUGGGGGCCCACAAAAGGAGGAGGACAGAGAGGUAUGUCCUUUGUCCGGACUUCCCUUUGCACGGCUCUUUCUUCUUCACACACACAUGCAGCACCAGAAUCAGUGUGGUGUAGUGGUUAAGAGCGGUAGACUCAUAAUCUGGGGAACCGAGUAGUCCCAGGGAAAGUGUGUGCAGGGGCAAGGGCCCCAACAGUUCUCCCAGGCCACUGAUGGUCCCUUCAGGAGCUGGUGGCAUGAGGUCUUCUGCCUGGGCAGAGGUGUGGGGUGGGUGGAGCAGAUACCGUGAGCAUGAAAGCUACCAUGUUGUGUUGUGAAACAGCUCAGUUGGCUAGAGCAUGGUGCUGACAAAGGACCAGGUUGCAGGUUCGAUCCCCGUAUGGGACAGCUGCAUAUUCCUGCAUUGCAGGCCGUUGAACUAGAUGAUACUCAGGGCCUCUUCCAGGGAGCCAGUGUGGUGUAGUGGUUAAGUAAUCUGGUGGACUUGUAAUGUGGUGAACCAGGUUCGCUUCCCCGCUCCUCCACAUGCAACUGCUGGGUGACCUCGGGCCAGUCACACUUCUCUGAAGUCUCUCAGCCCCACUCACCUCACAGAGUGUUUGUUGUGGAGGAGGAAGGGAAAGGAGAAUGUUAGCCGCUUUGAGACUCCUUUGGGUAGUGAUAAAGUGGGAUAUCAAAUCCAAACUCUUCUUCUUCUUCUUCCCCAUAGGGCUUAGUGGUGCGUUGUGCCUGGGUGCCAGCCUCUCAGGGGCGCCCCAGCAAGUGGGGAGCUGCACGGCUUUGCCAGCAGCCUCUCCUUUCCCUGCACGCCCACCAGCUGCACCCCGCCAACAAGAAGGCGGGCGGGCGGGCGUGCAGCUUCCCUCCCAAGCCUCUGAGGGGAUCGCUCUCCCGCAGCGGCAUGGGGGAGAGUUGUCCCAGUGGCUGGCAGUACGCAGCUACGGCCACCCCAACACUAUCCGUGGUAAUUUGGGGGCACUGGGUGGAUAUUCGCACCCCGGCGCUGCAUCUGCCCAGCACUCAACUUCUUUUCUCUCUUUUCCCGCAGGAACUGAAGCGCCACUUCCGGCUCCUGCUGGGGAGUCUCCUGAUGGAAGCCCCCAAUCCUGGCCCCCUCCUCCAGCUGCUCAGUGUAAGUGUCCCACGUGCGCUCCCCACAACCUGCUUGGGGCUGAGGCGCUUGAGCCUGCCCUGCUGCUUUGGCCCCAACUGAGACGCUUUUUGCUCCCGCAGGACCUCCAAGGAUAUGACCUUGACAAAACUGGGGAGGCUCAGGAGCUAGCAGCCUGCAGCAUUUCUCUGCUGUUGGCCAUGGCAUGGAGAUUCCCCCAACUCAGAGUAAGUACCUCGCCUUCUUCUCUUCAUUUCUGCGGUUGCUUCCAUCCCCCCAAGAGCACACCCUGUUGAGAUUUCUAUUCCACCUUAAGGAGCAGACAUGUGGAACUGUUGCGUGUCACAUGUCUGUUUACAUUCCGGCACAGCUUGCUGGGAACGUCCGUUGUGUAUAGCUUUUGUUUUCCCCGUUCUCUCUGAUAAGACGCUGAGAGAGACGACAUGUUUCUUUGUCCUGAUUUAUGGUUAAUAAAUCUGUAGUUGUAGUAUGCUUUCACAAGCCUCAAGCCUAUUCUGUGUGCGCAGUUUGUUCUGCUGAUAGUGUGCCCUGGCUUUAAAGCCCGGGUUGCUGAUUUACGUCGGAGCAGAGGCCUAUGGGUCUUCGCAGCUAGAAUGCUAGAAUGAGACGGCCCAGCUGGGGCCUCCCUGCCCUCUUCCCAGCGACUUUUAACGCAGAUGAUGUGCUGUGCGUCCCUGGGGGCCAGGAUGAGGCCAGAGGCUUUUCCUGCCCCCUUUCCUGCUGCUGCUGCUGCCCUUCCACCUCUGCCCAGGAGGCCCGUGGUUCUUGGUUUGGGGCUGCUUCUGUGCUCUCUUGCUCCCAUUCAGGGUGGAUUUCGUAGUAUCACCUGACCCGGAUUUUAUUUUUUUUUGCAGAUGACAGUAAUUCAGCCAGACCUCACAUGCUUCCAGCGGAGACCCAAAGAAGGUAAGCCCCACGCCUUGGAAACAGUGAACUCCCUUGUCCCUUGUUUGCUUUAAGGUCCUUGCCUCCCAGGUUUUCCUGCUGGGGGUCCUGCAGGACCUGCUCCCCUGCCUGGCAGGCCUUUCUGACCUGGCCUGGGAGGGCAGCGACCGGACUGACUCUCAUUUUCAUUCUCUUCCAUCCAGAUGGCAUCAUCAUUGAAGACUUGUAGUCAGUGCAGACCUCGGGCUCCUCUGGUCACCAGAGAGAGGCCCCUGGGUAAGGAGGAUGGUGGUUUUUCUCCGUUUGGUCUCAUUCGAUUGGUUUUCAAACCAAUCUCUGGGUUCUUUCCAUAUUUUGGGGGGGGGGGACUGUUGGGGCCAGGGGGCCAGAGGAGGGGAGAUGUAUUUUUGCACAAGUUACAUAUGAAAUGGGCACAAAGGUCCAAUUGCACUCAUCAGGUAAGGCUUUCUCAAAGGCCCACCUGUUGUUAGAGAUGCCCUGCUUCACCUGUGAGAGAAGCUGGCACUCCUGGCAUCCUACUUACCUUUUUUUCUCUUGCAGGUGACAGAAUGAUGCCGGCAAGACCUCCUGAUCUGCCUUUCCAUGGGGGCAAUGUUGAUAUUUUCGCCCCCUCCCAUUGCGAGAAUCUCCUGAUAUGAUGUUUUCAGAAAGGAGGGGGCAGAAACUGCUCUUCGCUUCUUCCGCUCCUGCCUGACUCUGAGUGCUGUCUGAGUCUUAUCUAUGUGGUGAUUAGAUGGUUGAGAGAGAGCUGGGCUGGAUGGACCAAGGGCCUGAUUCUGCAUAAGGCAGCUUCCAGUGUUCCUAUGGGUAACUUUAGCUCGUACCUGUCAAGCGAGCCCAAGUAGUUCCGUGUCCUGAUUUUCACUGUAUCAAAUUAGUGCUUUUUAGCUGGCAAAGAAGUACUUUUGACAACCGAUACUCCUGCGAACGAGCUGGUUGUAUCACCGGUAUUUUAGCUGUUAAACCACAAACCAUAUUCUCUCUCUCCCCCAGUUAAUGUGCUAAUGUGGUAGCAGGGUGGGAGCGGCUGGGCAGGAUCUUUGAGGGGCGGAUGUUUCCGAAAAGUCAAAACAAUGGCCAUCUUUCUAAAAGGGCUUAUGCAGGAAAAUGGAUGCAAGACUCGAAAGCACAGAAGCACGCAGAGGCGUGUUGCAGAUGGCAACACACACUGGCAACUGAAAACACACCAGAAUGGAUGCUGCCUUCUUUCCCUGUGGUUUUGGAAUGCUCCAAAUUUGCAAGGGAGCAGCUGCGGCUUCACUUUUUCUCCAGGAAACAUCCAUCUGCCUCUCUUAGGCUCUCUCUAAAGUUACCAGAUUUUUUUCAAUGAAUCCAGGGACAAUAUUCAACUUCAGUCGUAUUCAGUGGAUUUUGUCAGGGGACUGGUUUGUAAAUCCAGGGACUGUCCCCGGGAAACGGGGACGUCUGGCAACCUUACUCUAGUGUGCCUGGAUCACCACAAUCUACAUGUGCAAUGAAUGAGAGGUGCUGAAAAGACUCCCAAGGGAACAGAGGCAUGGCUUGCGGCAGGGAGCUGAAAGUGGCCCUCCACGCCUUCUUGUCUGGCCCUCAGAAAUCUCCCCAGGCCUCACCCUUCUGGUUCUGGUUUGCACCUCGGUAGGUGUUUCUUCCUGGCUGGAAUGGACCCCUGAAUUCUUGGGAUAAUCUCUUGCUUGUCUGAUGGAAGACUGUAGUACAGGCAUCAGCAAACUUUUUCAGAAGGGGGCCGGUCCACCAUCCCUCAGACCAUGUGGUGGGCUGAACUAUGUAUUUUUUGAGGGGGAGAACGAAUUCCUAUGCCCCACAAAUAACCCAGAGAUGCAUUUUAAAUAAAAACACACAUUCUACUCAUAUAAAAACACGCUGAUUCCCGGAGCGUCUGCGGGCGGGAUUUAGAAGGCAAUUGGGCCAGAUCCGGCCCCCGGGCCUUAGUUUGCCUACCCAUGCUGUAGUGUGCUUGUGUAGAAACUAACGUGCAGUAGAAAGGUAAAAUUCGCAUCUGUUGCUCGGCUCACUUUUACCACUGACCCUGCACACCCACAGUAUAUGGCCCCCAGAAAGUUGCCCAGGAGGAAAUGUGGCCUUUGGGUGGUGUGGGGGGGGGGGAAUGUUCCUUGCCUAUGUAAUAAAACAAGCGGAACUUGUAGGAUUGAGGUUUGAUGGAAACUUUGAUCUCAGUGCGGUACUUUUUGGGUCUCGGACAAGAGCACCUCUGUCAAUUUCACUGUGUUAAAAUGCUCCCAGCGGCAGGAUAAAAACAGCUGGAGGAAAAGCUGGAGGUUUCAGGGCUGAGCAAGUUGUGCACAGAAGCCAGUGUUUGGUCACGCUAAACCAGCAAUGCAGGCCAUUAACUUUGGAAAGUUAAAAGCCGCAAACGGACCCCCCCCCUCCUCAAAUGCCUCUGGCUCAUGGCUGGAGACAGAUGAGAAAUCUGGGCAAAUGGAAGCAAAAAAUGCUUUUUGUUCCAUGUAUACCUGGAUUGGGACGCGGGUGGCGCUGUGGGUUAAACCACAGAGCCUAGGAUUUGGCGAUCAGAAGGUCGGUGGUUUGAACCCCGCAACGGGGCGAGCUCCCGUUGCUCGGUCCCUGCCAACCUAGCAGUUCGAAAGCACGUCAAAGUGCAAGUAGAUAAAUAGAUACCACUCCGGCAGGAAGGUAAACAGUGUUUCCGUGCGCUGCUCUGGUCGGUUGUGUGACCCCUUGUGAUGCCUCCUGUACUACAGUCCCUCUCAAAUGUAGAGGUCAAACCAUGUUACCUGCACUAACACUUAGUAACAAGGCAACCCUGUAUAGGGAAGCCUUUAAACGUAUGAUGUUGUAUUGUGUUUUUAAUCUUUUGUUCGAGCUGCCCAGAGUGGCUGGGGCAACCCAGUCAAGAUGGACGGUAUACCAAUAAAAUUAUUCUUCUUAUUAAAUUUCUUCGGGCAAGAAAUAACUUGCGCCUCCCGUUCGCAAGAGUACAAAGCCACACGCAAGCGGUUUAAAAGGCUGCUCAGGAUUUAUUAGUUUCCAUCAGACGAGUACAAAACAAGAAUGAAGUGUUAAACAAGGCUUCGUUGGGUGGGGAGGGAGGGGUUAGAAGACGUAGCUGCACCAAAAAAAGAAAAGAAAAAGAAAGUUGUAGAAAAGGAUGGUACAGAAGAUUUAUCUUUUUUUUUUUUCCUUUUUAGUUGCCGUUUCUUGCUUUUAUAAAAACCU